GAUGGAGUGUCCAAUGUGACUAGCUUUUAUGGCUUCAGUUCAUUGUUCGAUGUGCGAAGCUAGUGGGUAAAUGCGUUGUGCUAACUUUUGGUUUGUUAAAUUGUAGCUCUAUGAAGUUCCCCGUUUCUUGGCAACACUGUUUCGUUUAGGGUUAGACACUUGUUUAUCUCUGGCAUUUGGGAUCAGGGCUGCUAGUGGUCACCAUGGCUCGAAAAGGAGGACUGAAUUCCCUAUGGUCUGGCAGCGAUCGAGUUCGGAUCGGCGAGCGAUUCCAGGCGAGUCUGGCUGGAAUCGUGGAGUUAGAGAUGCUCCGCCACAACCAGGGCAGGUUGGUGCAGGAGGUACUGGCGUUACAUUGGGACAGAGCACACCAGGAAAUAAACUGUUCACAGAAACUGCAGGAUCAGAUAUUGUGCCCAAAACUUGAUCGAAGCAAAUCUGAGGAUAUGCUUGGAAGUAAUGAAAAGUCAUCCAUUUCCUACCAUUCCUCUGAGAACCUCAGCACUAAAAGACUUAAAGAUGUGUAUAGCUCUGUACCGAUUUCAUGCAAAGGAAGAGAGAACAGGACUCCUUUUCCAUUAUAUGGGAAUAAUGCACUAGACAAUAUUUUAUGCUCCAGUGCAUAUGUUUCUAAUGAACUUCUGGAAUCCAGCACACACGCAGAUCAUAAUGAGAAGCUUGGAGAAACUCUAGAUAAUAUGGAUUCUGACUCUAGACCCAGCUCUGGCUUCUAUGAAGUCAGUGAGACUGGAUCAUCACUCUCUAAUUCUUGCACAUCUGUGUACAGCGAGUGUUUAGCAGGGUUGAGAAGCAGCCUACACUCCCUGUCCCAGCAGCCUGUUUUUCAAGAGAGCAGCUUUGUCCGACCACGAUCUACAGAUGAAGCUGCUGUCAGAAUGAUGGAUCUUCAGUUACAGCGACUUUUAAUAGGAAAAGACUCCAGCACGAGCAAUAAUCAACUGGAGAGCAAGAGACCCCUCUCUACUGGUGAUAUCGAAUUUAUUCACAACAUCCUGAACCUUGGUGAUGUCUCGUCUUCCUUUGUUAAAGGUCUGAACCUUCAGCUGUCAGGACAGUGUGCCAGAUAUCAGUCUGACCUCAUUUCUCGGAACACCAAUGAAGUUUACCCAUAUCCAAGUCCUUUACAUGCUGUGGCUUUGCAGAGCCCUCUGUUCACUACAGCUUUGUCCCAGAAUGCUUCAAAAGAGGACCUUAUCGAAGGUGCCAGUGUGCCAACAUUUGAAACUCAACCUCUUAUGCAGACUGUGGUCAAACCUGAAAUGCUGCAAACAUCCAAGAUAGAGAAGUACAUCUCCAAACUGGUACUCAAGUACAAAUGUAGGGCAGCUGCACCAUCAGUUGUAAUUAGAAGAUCUGAAACAAAUGAUCUAGGCAAUCACCAGAAAAGCCUUUCUUUGUCUUCCGUUUGCAGCUUAAAUCAGUACAAUCCUGUAACUGCAAGCCAGCUGAUAAGCCCUGCAUCUGGUUGGAAAAUCAGGAGGAGGAUUUCUACUUGCUGUCAAGCCAAAUCUUCUGACGGGCCAGAAGGAACAAAGGAACCACAGAUUCUCGAUGGCAGUUUCAGUAGGAAUUCUGUGAUCUCUGACACUGGGUCAACCAGGUCAAGCGUGAGUGAUGUUUCCAAAGUAAGUGACUUUUGUUCAGACUCUCCAGUUGAAAAAAUUGGUGUGCAUCCCAAAGAAUCAAACUGCAAUGCUCAUUCAGAAGGCAAACUGGGGUAUGCAGCAGAAUGUAUGAAACCUUUGCACCAUGUGUGCAGCUCUGAACAUAUUCAGUAUUUAGUCAGAGUUAGAGCAUCAUCUAAGAAGUACAGUUCUUUAAGGUUGACUAGUGCAGAUAUGGACAGACUAUAUAAAGGAAAGCAUGCCUCUAGAGAACUUAUUAAAACAUCCUCAUUAAAUAACCGUGAUCCCUCUGAAAAGUCAGUGGGGUAUAAAAUGGACAUCUUUAAAAGAAUAAGUUUACGGAAGAAGGCUGAUAGACAGCUUGACAAUGGAAGCCGCUCAAGCUCAGAGAUGAACCUCAAUUCUUUUGUUUUUAACAAGGGCCAAUGUCUUUAUAAAUGUGAGUCUCAGCAAAGUUUGUCUGAAAGCACUAAUAGAAAAAGCAAAGGCUGCGGGCAAAAGAAAGGUAAGCAACAAAAGUGGACAUCUGUUUUGGAGAUCUCUAGCAAGAAUCCUGAUGGGACUGAUUUUUCUCAUAAUCAUAACCAAAGAUUAGGCUUCUUUGGUAAUGUCCAGCCUUUUCUCAGUCACCAUAGGGCGUUCUCCACUGACUGCCCUUCUAGUUUUCACUCUGCUGCCCUUAACAUGGCUCCAUCAGACUUCCAGAAUGGCAGAGCCAUUUGCAUGUAUCUCAGCGAUUCUAGCCUCGGUGAAUUUGAUGCAUCCAGCAGCAGCAUUAGCCUGAAUGGGGAAUGGAUUCAUAAUGAUUCAGGCAUAACUAGACCUCAUCAGAGUAACAGGGUCUAUUCAGCUACACUUGACCCUAGGGACAUGAUCAACACCAAUGUUAAAUUUUACAGGGCAAGGUCAUUCAAAGGACUGAAGAAACGAAUGUGCAGAUCUAUAAAGCCCUUUUCAUUUAAAGGCAAUAGUUGAGUCAACUUCAGUACAGUUCUUUAAUGUUCACCUACUUGAAUGUUUUGUAGCAUUUUAGUAAGGAGGUGAAGUUGCUAAAGACUGUUCGCUCUUGGCCUCCUUUGGACUUCUCUACAAACUGUUCUCUACCAGUUAAUGCCAGAUACAGUUAAUGAACUGAAACUGAGUAGCAUUUGUGACUAGGUUACACAGCAAAAAUUUCAUUAGUGUACCUAAAUUUCUAGUAAUAUUGCAUGCACCGUUAAGAAAAGAAUUGUCCAAAGCAACUUGACCUCUCAUGGAAUGCAACAGUGUUCCAUUACUACUGAAGAAUUCUAUUGUUUUUGUGUACAUGAUAGAUUGUUUUCAUGUAUAUUUAGGCAACAAACUACGUCUUCUGUGGUGUGCAAGCCGCUCUUGGCUUAAUGUUCAUAGAAGUGGUAUUCUUGAGUUGAUGAGAUAAUGAAGUAUUUAUUUCUUAACCAAAAGAGUUUUGGUCAUGUAAGACUGGCUUCCUUUCUCGGAAGCUAAAAGAUGUGUAACAGUUAAAACAUUUCGUAGCCUGAAGGUAUUCUGUGAUACAGCUGUGUCCUACAGCAAGUUUCCUCAGACUGACUUGCACGUUUUGUAGCAAGGGUGCAAUUUAUGUCUGAUUUAGUCUUGUAGAACGUAGGUGCCUUAUACUAGCAAAGUAAUGCCUGUUGGAAUUUUGCCAACAUGAAUUUAAGUUCAUUGGAUCUACUCUGUGCCUACUGGAGACAUGGUCCAUUAUUUUCAGUUUUUGACUAGUAUGUCUUCUGCUACAGAAUGUUUUUGUGUUGUAAAUAUUUAUUGAAUUAAAUGUCUUUGUAUGAUCUCUAUUAUAAAUGAAAAUUAUGAAUUAUACAUUUUUUUGCAGAUUAAUAAUCGUUCCUUAAAAGUCUGUAUUUUACUUUUAGUUUUUUUUGUAGACCAAAGUCAUAAUUUAAUAAAACUGCUUUUUAUUUAUGGCAGAUUAAUAAAAUUAUUGAAAUUGG